GUGUUUGCUAUCACCAGUUCCACCAGUGACUGCAGCAGAAGAAUGAGCCUGUGUUUGCUUUGUCUGAUAUUCCCCCCUCCCUCCCCUUCGCCCUGUGCCAAGAAGGCAGAAGUAAUAAGUUCUAUAUCAAAGAGCAUUUGUGCUCGACGUGCUCAGUUCAGUUUGCGUGGAAGCCAUCUGUAUUUGAGCACUCAGCGGAGUGUUUGCCACUUUUCGGGGGCUUCUUUUUCAUCAAGGGGGUCCAUCCUAACAUCUGAAACAGCACCAUGAAUUGGGCCUUCCUUGAGGGCCUCCUGAGCGGGGUGAACAAAUACUCCACGGCAUUCGGUCGCAUCUGGCUCGCCAUUGUUUUCAUCUUCAGGCUCAUGGUCUUCCUGGUGGCCUGUGAGAAGGUCUGGGGUGACGAGCAAAAGGACUUUGAUUGCAACACCCGGCAGCCCGGUUGUCACAACGUCUGCUACGACCACUUCUACCCCCUCGCCUACACUCGGCUCUGGGCUCUGCAGCUGAUCUUUGUCACCUGCCCGUCCCUUCUUGUGACGCUCCAUGUGUCCUACCGAGAAGAACGUGAGCGCAAACACCGGCUGAAGAACGGAGAAGACUGCGUCCCGCUGUAUGAUCACACGGGGAAGAAGCGAGGGGGUCUGUGGUGGACCUACUUCUUCAGCCUGCUGUUUAAGAUUGCGGUGGACGGCGUGUUUGUCUUCCUGCUGUUCUACAUCUACGAGGCCACGUUCUUCCCACCGCUGGUGAAAUGCAACAUAGAUCCAUGUCCCAACAUGGUGGACUGCUACAUCGCCAGACCCACAGAGAAGAAGAUAUUCACCAUCUUCAUGGUGGUGACCAGCUUUGUGUGCAUCUUCCUCACUUUUUGCGAGGUCUUCUACCUGUGUGGGAAGAAGUUCUGGGAGAGCUGCUGCGGUGGAGGAGGACAUCGCUCAGUGAGAGAAAACUCCUUCAUGAUGUACAAAACUCCUCUGACGGGGAAGGAGAACUCAGCCUUCAAAGAGCCGGUCCGGGACGAAACCAAGAUGGUGGACAAAGGCAACGGAGACGCUAGCAAAGAGAAUUCAGCGCCAGCGUACAGCAUAGUAGUGACCUGAGAGACGUGUGUCCCGAUAAUGAGUGUGAGAAAAGAACUAUGUAAGGUAGCUGUUGUAAAAUAUUAGUGGCUCUAAAGGAAAUGUUUACAAAGGUGUCUUUCUUUUCUUUUGUACAUCAAAAUGAUGCAAAGUCUUUCUCCUCAAUAUUGUUUGCUUUUUAAAGGUUUGUGAUCUAAAAUAACGUUAAUACACUAAAGGCCAUUUACUGCACUUUGACUAUUUAUAUGUUUAUUUGUUACAUGAGAUUAUUUUGUUAUCUGUAUGACCACAAAAAGAA